AUGACAGCAACAAACAACAACAGCAACUAUAUCGUUUCUGAUGAAAAAGUUAUUGAUUCAUUAGCUGAGGAAUUAGUUGUGGCAGAAACUAAAACCCUCAACGAAAGAAUUGGUGAAAACAAGAUUGAUUUACAUAACUACCUCAAACAUGAUGGAGGAAGAGGAAGGAAAACUGGUAUGGCUUUAUUAGUAAAUAAAAUUUCAAAUUUAACGAUUAUAGAUGUUGAUAUCAAUAAAUCAUACAAUGAUGAACUUAAAGAAACAGUUAGAAAAGACAUUUUAUCAAAACUUUCGGAUAAAGAUGUUAUCGUUAAAACCGCUUCAGGAGGUCUUCACAUUUAUUGCAACACUAAUUUCUUUUAUGCAGUUUCGAACAGAAUGAUUAAAUGCUAUUCCUGCAAUGAUUAUGAUAUUGAUAUCAUGACUUCUAUGGAUGAUUCAAAGCGUUCAUUAGUGGUUAUGGCUGAUUCAAGAGUUCGCAAGAAUGCAACAGAACCAAUCAAUACAUACUCAUUCAUUCGUGGAAGUUACGAUUCAACAUUAACUCGAACA